AUGCCAAAUUUAUUGGUUUACAAUUCCAUUGGAUCACACCAGCAAGGCAGAGAGGGGGGCCCUGCUGCUUGGACAGCGCAGGGUCUCCAUACAUCUUGCCCAGGCCUCUUGUGCCCUGGAGAACACCUGCACAACACCGGAGGUAAGCGGUUACCGGUUUCAAGUUCUUCCUUAUUUGGGGUAGAGAUGAUGCAUCUCACUGGACAGCUAACGCCCGCCUCAAGCUGGGCAGCCCCCAGCCAAUUAGGUGCUGUCCUGCCACAGCCUGCCUGCUUUAUUGGGUGCAUGAAGUUAAGGGAUUUCAUCCUGACAAGUGGGCUGUAA